AUGAUGAGACGGGGUGCGUUGGUGGUGUUGGGCUUGCUGGUCGGUUCGGCCUACAGCAGCUGCCUCGGCGGAGGCUGUGGUGGAGGAUCCUCUGGUGGCAUUAGCCGUUCCUACGGAGGACCCACUAAUAGUUUCGGAGGUUCUGGAGGAGGAGGCGGGUCCUUCGGGGGAGGAUCCUUCGGAGGAGGAUCCUUCGGGGGAGGAUCCUUUGGAGGAGGCGGUGGGUCGUUUGGGGGAGGUGGAUCCUUCGGAGGAGGAUCUUUCGGAGGUGGUGGCGGAUCCUUCGGUGGCGGGUCCUCUGGAGGAGUAAGUACAAGUUACAGCGGACCAAGGACCAGCUUCGGAGGAGGUGGCCGUGGAUCUGUCGGAGGGGGCAGAGGAUCCUUCGGCAGAGGGUCCUCCGGCAGAGGAUCCUUCGGCAGAGGGUCCUCCGGCAGAGGAUCCUUCGGCAGAGGGUCCUCCGGUAGAGGAUCCUUCGGAGCAGGUGGCGGUCGCUUCGGUGGCGGAUCUUCUGGCGGAAGGGGCGGUGGCAUCGGCGGCGUAGGAGGAUCCUUUGGCGGGGGAGUGAGCAACACUUACAGUGGCCCAAGCAAUAACUUCGGAGGCUCUGGCGGAGGCGGUGGAGGAGGGUUUGGAGGAGGAUCCUUUGGCGGCGGGUCUUUCGGGGGUUCAGGCGGCGGUGUGUCUGGCAGUUACCUGCCGCCCUCCGGGAAAUAA